AUGAAAGCAUGGGGUGAUCCUAUGUCGAACCAGAUAGUGUUGGACAAGGUAAUGCAGACUUUGAGUGAGAAGUUCGAUUACGUAGUGGCGGCUAUUGAAGCGUCAAAAGACCUCUCCACAAUGAAGGUUGAAGAGUUACAGGAAACUCUUAAAGCCCACGAACAGUGGCUGCUUGAACGCGAUCAACAAAAAGAGAAUGAUCGUGUGUUGCAGGCCAAAGUGAAUUUCAAGAAAGAGGGUGGCAAGAAACACUGGAAGGGCAAAGAUAAAAUCAAGAAUCAUUGUAAGGGUAGAGGUAAGCAGAAUGAUUCUCACAAUUGUAAUUCUGAUAGUGAUAAGGGUGUUGAAAUUCAUAAAAAGAAAGGAGGAAAGAGUGUGUGGAAGGGCAAAGGAAAGAAAAAAUUUGAUAAAUCAAAGGUUCAAUGUUGUAAUUGUGGAAAGUGUGGUCACUUUCCUUAUGAGUGUUGGUCUAUAAAAGGAUCGAAAGUCAGUGAGGAAGUGCAUAUAGUAGAGGAAGAAGGGAGUUCUAGUUCUGAACAUGUUAUGCUCAUGGCAACAAUAGAACCAGAUUCAGAAGAUAAUAAUUGGUAUGUUGAUACGGGGUGUUCCAAUCAUAUGACUAGACAUAAGGAGUGGAUAGUUGAUCUUGAUUCCAAUAUCGAAAUCAAUGUCAGAUUUGCAAAUAACAGUUUUGUUAUGGCUGAAGACUUGGUAAUGUAG